GCCAAGGCAGCAAGGCACCAAGACAGCGCUUUCCCUUCCUUCUUCUCCAAGUCCAACACGCACCAGACGCUCCUUUCCAUUUUCAGCUUCGUCUAUUCUUUUCUCUCACCUGGAGGAGGAUCGCGAGGAUCGCGAGGCGGCCGAAGAAGAAAUAUAAGAUAAAGGGGGAGAACGGUGUGGUUCUGAGGGGGGAGAAUCUUGAGCGAUUUUGGCAAAGGAAAGCUCGAAUAACCUCUUUUUCUGAUGCAUUAGAGGUAGAUCCCCCUUUAUUAGCUCUAGGGAUCAGCAAUAUUGUCUCCUUUGUGAACCUGGGAAUUGUUCACUAGUACUGCGGGAGGCGAUCAGCCCUAAAGUCCCCUUUCUAGAGGCGGCAUCCAUUGCUGAAAGCCUCUACGGUAUCAUCAAACAUAAUGGUCCACUCACUGUCAGCAACACUUGGAAUCACGCCAAGGCUAGUUUCCGGUUGUGUCGCCGUCGCUCACCGUAUUUACAUUAACAUCGCCGAAGUAGGAGUUCACUUCCAAACGAGGUUUAGGGUUGCACUUUCAGCAGCAGCAGAUAAACGCCACUUUCUUUUCUUGCUCUACCCAAGUAUCUCUCUUUCUCUCUCUCUCUCUCUCUCACACACACACACUCUUUAUCGAUUGUGGGAUAUCGCGGAAUCUCCAAUAAACUCGUAUCUCAACUCGGUUCUACCUUUGCAGCUUUCUGCAACAAUGGGCGCUUCUCUUCCUCCCAAAGAGGCUAACCUCUUCAAGCUCAUUGUUGUAAGAGUUUAAUUUCAAUCUUAUUACUUUAAUAUCGAGGUUUAGC